AUGAUUGACAAACAAAAGGCCAGAUUUUGCUGUAUUGGCUCCGGCUUCUGCGGCACUAUAUGGGCUCAUCCUGAACGCGGUGAGGCCUACAAAAGACAAAACGCAGGGCCUGAGAGAUCCUUGCCCAAUGACUCCUACAUGCACCAGCGGGCUCUCGCCGGCUUUCGUGCUCUGUCAAGUAUGCAGAAUCCUCAAUUCCAGAUCUCCCGGUGCUAUCGCUUCAUCCGGGCUACAGCCAGAGGAUGGUGGGACCAGAACCUAUCCAGCUUCCCAGCAGGAUUCGCACCUUGCGAUACCACUUACUUCCAGCGCAUCCCGCCAUUUCUUGAAGCUACUAGGAGGCUUCUCAUUGACAAAUACUGCCCAACCGUGGUAUACCAAGGGUGUGUUGAGCGAUGCUAA